AGACGCUGCUACCACUUUAGCAUACCGAAUACGUCAAGUCUAUACAACAUAACGUUUAUGAUUUCAUCAAGUCAGUUCGUUUCUUUGCAUUCAAGUGAAUAAAAUGUCUAGUUGGAUAAAUAGAAUAACAGAUCUACUCAAAAGUGAUAAAUUAACCUUUUCAUUUGAAGUGACACCCGAUAUCGAAAAAAGUAGAAUAGAUAAGCUAUCGGUUGAGCCUGCCUUUUUCUGCGUAACUUGGCACGCGAAAUCAUAUGAUUUUAAAGACUUUGAUAUUCCACCUGUAAAACUAGCAACGUAUUUGAGAAGUACAGGCAGAACUGUAUGCUUACAUUUAUCUUGUGAUUUAUUAAAGAGGGAUUAUUUAAAUGAAUUGCUACGAUACCUAGAAGACUAUGGAAUUUGUAACUUGUUUGUUGUUUUCGGAGAGAGCUAUGACUACAUAAAUUCGGACUUUAAAUUGACGAAGGAAUUAAUAGCGUACAUAAGACAACAAAGCGGCGAUUUCUUCUGCAUAGGUGUAGCGGGUUUUCCCAACUGUUCUGACAGUGCAUUGCUGUUUUUGAAGCAAAAAAUCGAAGCUGGUGCAGACUUUAUAGUAACACAGGCUUUUUUCGAGCCGCUGUCGUAUAACAACUUCUUAGUCCGAUGUGUUAAAGCUGGUAUUCGAGUACCAGUCAUCCCUGGCAUGUUUGUCUAUGAAACCAAGAAUGAACUCCUAGGUUUCAGUAAUUUGUGUAAAAUAAAAGUGCCUGACGAGGUCUUGGAUGGAGAAAAGUCAGGCGUAGAAUCUGCAACAACAUUGGUGCAAAGUUUGACGAAAUCUAGCUGGAAGCAUUUUCAUUUCUUUACUUUAAAUAAACUGGAUUUAGUUUCAAAUUUUGUACAAGAAUUAAAUAAAAUGAUUCAAGGUACAAAUUAAAGUACGAAGUUUUAUUUUGUUGCAAUCUUUAAUUUUUACGAAUUAUAAAUUGACCUUGAACGCAUCGAAAGAAAGCUACCGCUUGCGAAAAUUGGCAACACAGCAGACGUAACUUCACUU